AUGUCUGGCAAGAACCCAAGCUCAAUCCUGGCACGGUUGCUGGAGUCGGGCGAGUUCAGCGAUCUAAAGUUCCUCUGCAAAGGCGACGAGUUCAAGGUCCACAAAGCGAUCGUGUGUACGCAGUCACCGGUGAUCAAAGCUGCCAUCCAAGGAGCAUUUGAGGAAUCCCACACCAGUGUCAUUAAAAUGGACAACUUCGAUCCCAAAGUCGUGAAGCAGCUGGUCCAAUUCAUGUAUACUGGCGACUACGAUAUUGAAGAGGUCCGACGCGACGCUUCCGAAGAAGCUACUUCCGAGGUGGUCGGUGAUGUGGUGGAUGGAGGUUCAUUGUCGGAUGGGCAAUCUCAACCUGACGAGAACGAAAUCAAUCGCACAGGCUCCCCUUCGGCACCGCAGCCCGAGGUGAGCGCAAGAGAUCCGCUUCUUGAACAUAUCCACGUCAAUUCCAUCGGCGACUAUUACGGCAUUGAAGCACUCGUUUCCCUCGCGAACAGCAAGAUUGAGCAACUUCUCCAAGACGACCCGGCGGAGAACUCUUGGGUUGAGACUCUGCCCGGCGCAAUCGAAGCGGCCACCCACUCGACAGGAGACCAGGAAGUCCUACGCAUCUUCGCCACGGCGAUCGCACCCAACAUCUCCUCACUCCUCGGUAUGGAGCAAUUCCGGCGCCUCAGCGUGCUGACGGACUUCUCACUGACGGUCCUGGACAAGUGCGCGCGGAAAAUCCAUGCCCUUUCCCUCCAAGACCAGUCGAACAAGUAUCUCCUGCAGGACUGGGAGAGGCGCCGAGGUGAACAGGACACGGAAAUUGCAAAGCUAAAAGAUUCUCUAAGGAUGCUGAACAGGACGAGGCAGUGCAGGAACUGCAUGGCGGAAUUUACGUGUUCGAUCGAUACGCGCGAAUGUAUUCUCCGGUGCACCAAGUGUCUGUGUAAGCACCACUAG